GUCGUACGAUAAGUUCUUCGGUGAGAAAUCGCUUUAAGAUACAGCCGCCUCUCGGUGUCAUUCUCUCACUAUCGGACCUUGGAUAGUCACAAGGAUCCGCAGGAAAUCCCACCUAACAGUCAGAUGACAUACGGAAGAAUACCGUCAUCUGGGGAGUACUGCGGAUAAAUAUCGAGAGUGCUUUCUUCGUACUCACUAUCACUUCCUCUGAAACAUCUCAAUUACGAUGACCAAUCCUUCGCCAAAUAGCCGCCUUCAACAGAUUCUAUCAUACGUUGCUCCCGGGGAAGUGAAGAACGCAGGCCAUGAGACGCUACCGACGUUCGAUGAACUUCCCAUGUUUAAAGAUCACAAAGGAUGCGCAUGGCAGGUUUGGGGUCCCGAUGAUCAGCUGGGAACUAUCAAUCUGUUGACGACGGAAGUGGUCAGAACGGCUGCAUCGGAGGAGAUCAAGAUUGGUCAGACAGUCUCUUUAAAUUGGCCGUUGAAUUUCCCUAGCAAGCCGAUGUUUCGACGCAGAAGUCCGGAAUUGCUUAUAAUCGAUAAGUAUGAUCGUGCUACACGAGACGACGAGAUCCAUUUCAACUCGCAAUCUGGUACCCAAUGGGAUGGAAUGAGACAUUUUGGGUUGAUCGACCAUGAUAUCUUUUACAACAACACUCACAGAGAUUCAAUCCCCGGAGGCAGAAUAUGCAUCACUGACCCUAACAAUAUCAACCCAAGCUACCAGCGCAUCGGUAUUCAAAACUGGUCAAACCACGGCAUAUGCGGACGAGGUGUCUUUCUGGAUUUAGUCAGAUAUUACACGCAAGGAGGGAAUCCGCUACCUUACGAUCCUUGGACGACCCACCCAAUCACAGUCAAAGAACUUGAAGCGUGCGCAGCUUACGAAGGAGUCAAAUUCAGGACGGGGGAUAUUUUAAUCCUUCGCGUGGGAUUCAUAAACAAAUUCAACAAGGUGACACAGGAAGAAAGAGAUGCGCUGGGGAGUAAGCCGGAGACCUUUGCCGGAAUUGAGCAGUCGGAUGACAUGAAGCGGUUCCUCUGGGACAAUCAUUUCGCCGCCGUAGCGUCCGACCAGCCUGCUCUUGAGCGCUGGCCUACACCCGAAGGCACCCCUCAUAUGCAUCAAACGUUGUUGGCCCUUUGGGGUAUGCCAAUAGGUGAAAUGUUCGACUUGGAAAAGCUGUCAGAGAUAUGUGACGCGACAGGACGUUACACGUUCUUCUUUUCUUCCUGGCCACUGAACAUUAUUGGCGGAUGUGCGAGCCCCCCAAACGCUGCGGCCUUCUUCUGAGUUCACCUUCAAACUAACAAUACCAUUAUCAUGGUUUGUAUAUAUUAAAUCCUAAGAGAUAUAUUCCCGGAGGGCAAGUUUUCUUCUUAGUCAAAGUUGUCUUCAUUGUAUGAUUGUAUACUAUGUCACUAGCAAGUUCUUGGAUAUAUCAAGGCGACCAAAUAGUUCUGAGUUGGGUGGAAUAUUUUCUCAAAAGCUGGAUGAGGUCUAAACUUGCUGAGUCGGCAUUUCUGAGACAACAUUGCCUUUUCUCGUGUCAAGCAGCAUUGAAUACGUUCUACGAAUUUCCAGGCUAACCCAUAAGCUUGAAGCUCU